UAUUGUGACAUCGAUGGAUAAGUUAUUGUAGGUAAAUUACUAUGCGCAAACUCCCUUUCUCUCUUUCUUGUGCAAACAUAUACAUGGCGUAUAAGAGCAUCAGAAUUGCAGUAAGGGUUUGGCGAACUGGAAUAAGGGAUGCAAAGGCAGCUGUAAAACAGAAGCGAAGGUCUAAAGAAAGGUACGUAAAAGAGAUGAACGGCGAGACCGACAUCCGCCUUCAAAAAAUUAAAUUUUUUCCCCGCAAUCAUAUUACUAAGAAUGCUUCGAGAAACAACGAUUUCUCUCUGUGGACUCGAAAAUGCGUUUUCCACGUGGGAAACUUCAUAAGUUUUGGCUCCGUCAAGCGCGAGUGCGCCCGCCACGUGUCGCUCGUAGCCUUUUUGUUAGAUAAAACGCGCACGUUCGGCGCGUAAUCCAAUUAGUCGCGCAAGGCACAAAAAAAAAUAAUGUGCUACCUCACGCGCCGAGUAUCGUGUGGUAAUUACGAUUUUCGCUUACGUAAAAAAAAAGCGAGUGAUACGAACGCUCCAAAGCUUAAUUUAUAUAUAAAACACAUUUUACGCCUUGUA